AUGCUGUUGAAAGCCAACCUGCAAAGCCGACCCUGGGCCGUGGUUGCACUCGCCACCGCGACAGCAUUCUGUCUUUUCCUCAUCUUUUACACCACCAUCCCUUUGACUGACUUGUCCAACCGACCGAUCAAGCCAUGGGCUACUGAAGCUCAGCCCGCACCGGAAACGAUACCUGACCUUGCGAUUGCAACCUUCCUCACUGGCCAGGCACAAGACGACACGUAUUUCAACGCGACCAAGUUGCUCGCAUACCAAUUUCUCCACGACCCGCCCACCAAGAUUACGAAUCCAAACAUAUCCUUUAUUGUAUUAUGUGGGAAUAAGCUGCCGGAAGAAAAGAGAGAGGUUCUUCGAAAGAUGGGUGUUGUAGUCAUUAGCGUAGACGACGUGAAACGACCGGAAUGGAUACACGUGGGGACAGAGCGUUGGAGCGAGCAAUUCACCAAGCUGCGCCUAUUCGAAAGGACUGAAUACAAGCGCAUCCUCUACAUUGAUGCUGACUACCUCAUCGUACAUCCAAUGGACGGCAUCUUCAACAAUACCAUCGUUCAGCACUUGUCGUCGCCGCUUCUGGACCGGAAGGGCGAAAUUCACGACGACGAAGGCCCACUGCCAAACAAGUUUUUAUUUGCCGCAAGAAUCGAUAACGGCGGUGUUGGAGGCGAAAAACACGACGUGCCUCCGCCGAAUGCAAAUUACUUAAACGCGGGCUUCAUACUCCUUGCGCCGGACAAGGCCAUGUACGAGCACCUGGUGACGGUCAUGAACAUCGAGAACCGCUAUCGCUCCUUGCUCAUGGAACAGGACAUGUUCAAUUACAUCUUCCGUCGUGAGGGACCAUUGCCCUGGCGCGAACUCGAUUGGAAAUGGAGUGCGAAUUUUGUAAACGAGAAAGACAUUGAGUUUGGGGUGCACAGUCUGCACGGCAAGUUUUGGUGGGAAGGUCCGGAAUACGCGCGUAAGCUAUGGCGCAGCACAAUGGACAAGAUGGAGCAGUUUGUGGAGACUCUAUGA